GGGGCAGGGUUGCCUGAUAGCGUCAUUUGGGCGGUCAACGCGGGCGGCGAGGCGCAUGUGGACGUGCACGGGAUCCACUUCCGCAAGGACCCCUUGGAAGGCCGGGUGGGCCGAGCCUCAGACUAUGGCAUGAAACUGCCAAUUCUACGUUCCAAUCCCGAGGACCAGAUCCUGUAUCAAACAGAGCGGUACAACGAGGAGACUUUUGGCUAUGAAGUGCCCAUUAAGGAGGAGGGAGACUAUGUGCUGGUAUUGAAAUUUGCUGAGGUCUACUUUGCACAGUCCCAGCAGAAGGUGUUUGAUGUACGAUUAAAUGGCCAUGUUGUGGUGAAAGACUUGGAUAUCUUUGAUCGAGUUGGGCACAGCACGGCCCAUGAUGAAAUCAUCCCUAUGAGCAUCAAAAAGGGGAAGCUGAGCGUCCAGGGAGAAGUAUCCACUUUCACAGGGAAGCUUCACAUUGAGUUUGUCAAGGGAUACUAUGACAACCCCAAAGUCUGUGCACUCUACAUCAUGGCUGGGACGGUAGAUGAUGUACCAAAGCUACAGCCCCAUCCAGGAUUGGAGAAGAAAGAAGAGGAGGAGGAGGAAGAAGAAUAUGAUGAAGGGUCUAAUCUUAAAAGACAGACCAAUAAGAACCGGGUGCAGUCAGGCCCCCGCACACCCAACCCCUAUGCCUCGGACAACAGCAGCCUCAUGUUUCCCAUCCUGGUGGCCUUUGGAGUCUUCAUUCCAACCCUCUUCUGCCUCUGCCGGUUGUGAGAACAAAUGACCAUCCUGACAGGGUGGAGGGGAAUGGGAGAGAAACCAAACAUGUUCGUUUGGGUUUCUGUAUUUUUCAUAGUGAUAACAACAUGAUAAGGAAACUCCCCGAGAAGCAAACAAAACCCAGACCUCUCCACACAGUAAUUAAAGGAGACAAAAAAGAGGCAGAGUGAGUGGAGGGCAGCUCUCACCUACCACCUAGUUCCAGACCCGCUUCAGUCUUAGUCCUCUCUUCGUAGCUGGCACCUGGCUGUCAUUUUCCUUUCUGGGGUACUUAGGGAAAAUGGAUCCUUCCUCUUCCAGGAUCCUCUUUGUAUACCUAGCAGAAAGGACUCUGAACUCUGAGCAGUCAUGGUUCCCUUUUUUAGGUUAGAAAUUAACACAGGGACAUGUUGUCUUAUUUCCUGAGAAGACCAGCACUGAGAGUUGGGUAUGUUCUGAAGUUAUGUCCAGAUAAGUAUUGAGGUGUCCUAGGAUUGAAAGUAAGAAAGAUAUAAAGCCAAAAAAAAAAAAAAAAGGAGGAGGAAAUCCAAAAAAGGAAGAAGAAAAAAAAAAGUAAAUGUUUCCUUACUGGAAAGCUGAUCUGGAUUAAUCCAGUGAUUAAUCCAGCAUCUGAGCUUUGUUAUCGCUUAUUUCCCUGAUGUGCCAGUUAGAGGAUUGUCUGGUAUCCAAGACAAUUAGUUUACAUCGGGUCCUCAAAUUGCCUCUGACUUGUCACUACAACAAAUCAUUUUAUUUUCAGUGCCUAUUGGGGGCUUGAUUUCUUUUCAGUUUUGUGGUGGUUUUUUUUUUUUUUUCUGUCUUAAUCUGGCUCAUUUGGAAUGUCUUCUCCCUCUGAAUCAUCCCACUAAGUUAUUGCCAAGAAGGAAAGGAGAUGGGAUUGGGGCUCUCUUCUGCUUGAAUGUCUUCUCAUCUAUUCCCUUACCUUGUUGGUACCUCCCUCCCUGGAUCUCUGAGCCAACAGCCAAGAGAACCUGACCCAGCAGGUCUUUACUGGCCCCUUUGUAGGGUCUUGCUGCCAGGGACAGGAAUGCUUUCCAGCCGGCAGCAACAGAACACUUGACCUUAAAAAAGUCUCUUCUGGUCUUUGGAUUAGAAAAGGCUUAUGUUAGCAUAACUUAAGAGCAACCUCAGAGACUUGAGCCCUAUUCAGUGACAGACCAUAGUUCAGAAUGUGUAGUGUCUGAUGUUCAUUUGUCCCCAGAUCCUCUGUGUCAUACUUUAACCAGUUUUACUAUACGCUUAGAGUUUGCUCCCAAGGAACUAGACUGGCUACACCAGCCCCGUGAGGUUUCUCAUUGGUCUCACUAGUAAGUAUCCCCUUCUCUCAUUUCAUCUCCUUAUCCAAGCAGCAGUCAGUGAUCCUGGUGUGAUGGGCUCAAAGAUUCCCAGUCAGCCACCGUCCUGACAGCUCUGAAGCUAACCUUAGCAUCUAAGUGUGUUUCUUGAAUUCCGUGGAGACAUUUCAGUUGGAAAUGAAAUUUCCCUGUCUCCUUUCUUUCUGGUCACCUUUAUCUGUUUCCCAGUUAGGGCAACAGUAAGGAAGAACCCAGUCAAGCUAGUAAGAAUUUGGGGCCAGUGGGGAAUGAGAGGCCGCAGGAUUAGCUUCAGCGUGGCUGGAGCUGUAUUCAGUCUCAGGCCAAGCCCCCUUUUUUUUUUUUUUCCAGAAUGUGUUACUUUGAGUUUGUCUUACUGUAUCCUUUCUUUGGAGAGCUCUCUAUAUUCAAAUUGUUCCUUGUGUGACAAAGCAGGUAGCUUUUGGGUUCAUGUCCUCCUGACUCUGGCUCUUAAUGAUUACUCCAGGCCAGCAUUAUUUCAUUGUUUGAGAAUUGUAGCUCUUUAUUUUCUUGGGACUUGGACCUCAAUCCUAGGGUACUGAGUGGGCAGCUGGCUGACUAUGGCCUGAGGUCGCCACCAGAAGAGCACUCUUAAGCCCCCUACCCCCUUUUUGCUUCUAAUGAUGAGGUACUAUAUAUAUAGCCUUGGUCUUGGGGACCCCUUGCCUGGGGCAAGGGGGAAUGUCCUGACUCAUUGGGAUUCUGAUUGUGGUUUGGUUCCAAUUCCAUCACAACUCCCAAAGCUGUGGGCCACUGUCAGCAGAUUAGACAAGAUGAAGGAGGACUAGCCACCUCCAUUUGCCUUGUUUGUUAGUUUGCUUGGGUCUCUGAGGAACCGAGGGGUCUUGCCUCCUCACCCCAGCCCAUCCCUUCGGUGACUCAGAGUCUCAGAAGGAAACCCAGACUCCUGGGGCCAUUUCCUAAUGGUACUGUAAGGCAGGCAGCUUUUUCUGCCUCUGCUUCCAAGCCCACCCCUUUCCCCUGGGGUAGGAAUGAGUGUGUUCCUCUCUGGUUGUGUCAGAAAGGACGGAACAUCUGUCUAUGGCUAACAAACACUUAAAGGGAAAGUGAGGAAACCCGAAGAAGUGUGUUGGGGCUGGGGUAGACUCUCCUGGAGUGGAGGCCACACCCACCCAGUCAACAUGGCUGCCUAGAGCUGAACUUGAAAGCUCCCCGCCCCCCUUCAAGAUGACUAUAGGUACAUGAAGUUAUGACUAUAGGUACAUGAAGUUCCGGUUAAAAAGG